UAUAUUCCGUUCCAGAAAGUCGUAUCUGGCGCUUAUCCUUGCACACUUUUGCACCAGGAAAAAAAUAAAUAACAAGGGAGCCGAGACCCGUUGAAAGCUCAAACCCUCCUCCUCACUUCCACGCCUCUCCUUCCUUUCCACACUUAGCUUCCCACUGCCCAUGUCUUCUGGAGGAGGAGGAGGGGGCGGAAGCGGAGAUCAUCAUGGCCAUGGCCUCUACCACCACGGCCACGGCCACCUCGCCCGCGCCGAUGGCAUCGAGUACGUGUUCAACAACAACGACAUGGAAAGCUUCUUCUUCAAUCAGCCAGCGGCGGCGAGCGUCGGUGGAGGUAUCAGAACAGGCGCCGACGAGCUCAUGCCACCGUAUUCCAGCAUCACAGACUACCUGCAGGGGUUCCUGGACCCCUCCGGGCUAGCUCGGUACCUCGACGUGCCGUGCCCGGCGGAGGAUGCGCCGGUCAAGAACGAGCUUUCUGUUGAUGUGAGCCACGACAGUCAUGGCACCAGCGGCGCUGCCGGAGAUGCUGCUGCGCUGCUCGCACCGAACUCGUCGGUGUCUCUCUCGUCCAGCGACCGGGAGGGAGAUGGCCAUCCUCGACGACGGUGCAAGAAGAGUGCCAGGGCGAAGACGGAGGAGGAGGUGGCGGCGGAGGAGGAUGAGAAAGAUCAGGAAGAUGGGGAGAAUUCCAUGAAAGCGAAUAAACCCAAGAAGAAAGCUGAGCAGAGGCAGCGGCAGCCCCGCGUCGCCUUCCUCACCAAGAGUGAAGUCGAUCACCUUGAGGACGGUUACCGGUGGCGCAAAUACGGCCAGAAGGCGGUCAAGAACAGCCCUUAUCCAAGGAGCUACUAUCGGUGCACGACGCCGAAGUGCGGCGUGAAGAAGCGCGUGGAGCGGUCGUACCAGGACCCGUCGACGGUGAUCACGACGUACGAGGGGCAGCACACGCACCACAGCCCCGCCACCCUGCGCGCCGGCGGCGCGCACCUCUUCAUGCACAACGCGCACGCGCCGCCGCCGCACCUCAUGCCGUCGGCCGGCUUCCGCCAGGACCUGAUGAGCAUGAUGCACUUCAUCCCCAUGGGCGCUAACCCUAACAUGUACCUGCCAAAUAUGCCUCCUCCUCCAAUGGCGCCAACACCUCCGGCUCCUCCUCUUCAGCAGCACCACUUCACUGACUACGCUCUCCUGCAAGACCUUUUCCCUUCCACAAUGCCCAACAACCCAUGACUAACUGCUACAUACAAUUAGCUAGACUAGACCUACACGAUCGAUGCUUUUGAAAUACUCGAGUUGCGCCGGCCGGCCAAAUGUGAUCACCUGACCCGGUACUUGAGCUUGGUCUUCCAUGGUGAAAGUAUUGGUAUUAUAUUCAAUUAAUCUGCUGCAAGCUUUCAUCUUAAACUUAUGCUUGCAUUUCUCCCUCUUCUAUUUGUCAACUUCCGCCGCGAGAUUGGAGUACUUUAUGACUAUAACUAGAACGGCAACUUAAUUUAUGUAAACCUCUAGACUUCUUGUACAUGUACUAGUACUAGUGUAUAUCAUGUGUACCUCAUUGACUCAUUUGUGAGAAAGAGGAUUUCAUUUUCCCUAUUUCCCGUGUGAAAUUAAAGAAGAUGCCAUCUCCACUUCUGCUA